AUGUACGGGGACGUGUUCAACGCCACGGGCGGCCCCGAGCCCGCGGGCGGCGCGGCGGCCACGGGGAAGGCGGAGGGCGCGCUGCCGCUGGAGCUGGCCACGGCGCGCGGGGAGCGCGACGGCGCGGCGCCGCGGCCCGACCUGCCCACCUACCUGCUGCUCUUCUUCCUGCUGCUGCUGUCCGUGGCGCUGGUCGUGCUCUUCAUCGGCUGCCAGCUGCGCCACUCGGCCUUCGCCGCGCUGCCCCACGACCGCUCGCUGCGCGACGCCCGCGCGCCCUGGAGGACGCGGCCGGCCUAGCCGCGGGG